CUUUUACUCUCUAGAAAAAAAGAACUCAGAAAAACCUUGUACGCCCGAGAGUUAAGAAUUAAAACUACUCCAGGUACCGGAACUAACACCGAAGCUACUUCGAGUCAACUAGAAGCGAUGACAGCGCAAAAUUCACACGCACCCUCACCCCUUGAGGUGAAAUUUGUAAAGGAGCCGUCCAAUGGCUCGGAUAAAUCAUCCUUCAUAAAAGAUUGCCGAUUUUGUGGUCAAACGCAUGAGAAAGAGAGAUCAAAGUGUCCAACUUUCGGGAAAAUUUGUUCUGCUUGUCAAAAGAGAAUCAUUUUGCUUUGA